UAUUGUAGUCCGUCGAACGAAAACACUUUGCGACGCCUUUAAAAGGCAAGGCAAGGAGUUGCAUUGUUUUACGUGAAUGUGGAUUUUGUCAUUAGAUGAUGUUUAUUUCUGUAAAUUCAAUUUCUGUUGCACACAUGAGAAUCAAUGUGUGAAUUGAGGUUUCUUUGUUGCUGAGGAAUCAUUAAAGGAAUGUUACGACAAUAACACUCGAGGAAUUUAUCUGUUAUCAUCAAUUUUAUUAUUCAAUACUUAUAUUAUAACUUAUACUACAAUAUACAAAUUUCUGCAGUAGUUCAUGGUUAAUAAAUAUUGUUUUAUUAACAUAUACGUGUUAUACGUUGAAAGUUUUUGUGAAUGCCCGUAACAUUCUAUUUGGAUAAUUUUUUUCGUACGAGUACCAUGUAGUUAUUGUUUCGAAAAUUAUUGGAUAAACGCUUAUAAAUAUUUUGGCUGCAGCAGAAAUAUUGAUGUAAAUAAGACUCUAGAAUCUACUGUUUCUUAAUAAUUUAAUAAUUCUGUUAUGGUGAAAUAUUUGAACUUCUAAAUAAAUUUUAAGUAUGCAUUGGAAUUUUUAAAUUGCUGUGAAUAAUUUCAUGUCAACAAAUGCGCAUGCGUCUCUUGAGGUUCGCGGCAAAACUGAAACGUUUGUUUAAUCGUAUUCAUGUUAUUUGAAGUAAAUUGUCAGUUAAAUUUUUCAGCGAAUAAAAUCGUUUUUUUAUUACAUAAAUAUUGUGAUUAUUAAUUUGUGCAUGGAGGGUUUGAAAUGUCUCAGCACGGUGCUGCUUUACAAACAUAUAAUCAAGAACUUGUAAAAUGUUUAGAGGAUAUGAAAAUAAGGCGUACAGAGUUGCAAACACAAAUUGAAGCACAGGAAGAAGAAAAAAAUAAUUUACAAAGAGAAAUAGAAAAUUUAUCUUAUAAACUAACACGAUUGAAUGAUAGUUUAUCUAAAAGGAUAGCUGUUAGAAACGAAUAUGAUAAAACUAUCGCCGAUACAGAAACUGCGUAUAUAAAGAUUUUGGAGAGUUCACAACUUUUAUUGAAUAUGAUUAAGAGAGAGGCUACAAAAUUGGACCAGGCAUUAGUUAAGGCAAUCUUGGACAAACAACAAUAUCGACCAUAAAUGUGCAAUAAUAAAUAUAUAUAAAGUAUAAUAAAUAUUUAUUAAUUUAUAAUAAUUUAUUAUGUUUUAUUAAUACUGUGUAAUUUUCAAAUAGUACUAAAAACAAUUUUGAAUUUAAGCAUUGCCAAGAGCUUUUUGUUCAUUCCAUACAUUUAAUAGUUCACUUGGAUCUCCAUAUCCAUGAGAACUUAUUACAUAUUUAUAAUUAAAUUUUGUAUAAUCUUUUUUAGAAAAAUGAAACUCUUCGCAAUGAAAAGGCUCAAUGUCUGCUUUCUUAGCAACUAUGCCUAAAUAGAUAUCGUCAAAUCUAAAGUGCUUUGUAUAAAGACUAGUAUAAUACAUCUCUAAUAGGGCUUCCUUCGACAAUAUAUAUGCGCCAGCUGUAAUAUACGGUGGCCAUAAAUGAUAAGGAUAUUCACUAAGAGGAACAUACCAUUUAGAAGAUUUAUGACGAUGAGGUGAAGAUAUUAUCACAAAGCCUGCAUACAAUCUAAUAUCUUCUGGAAGUUCAAAAUCAAAAAUUUGUCUUUUUCUUCUGUUUGGUACAAUAUCAUUUCUCGUAACAUUUAUUUUACUUUUAAGUAUCUCUGCAGGUGCAUUAGUAGACAUAGGUCCUGUAUGUUCUGUCUUAACAUAAUCAUUUUGUGUCAAUUUGUAAAUAAUUUCAUUUGUAGUAUUUUUUAUAUUUUUAGGAACAUGAUUUGUAUUUGAAGAAUUGCUAUUCCUCGUUGCAACUGUAUUUUUAAAAUAUGAUUCUUCUGCUUCGUCAGAAACUUUGAUUUCUCUUUUAUGGGCUCCAAUCUUUUUGGGUUCUUUAAAAUAAUCUGGGUAGUUAGCUGGAUUUCUUAUAAAUCUCAAAACAUUUUUUACAGAAACAUAUAUAUCGUCAUCAACAAACAUGUAAAAUUUCGAGUUUGAGCAAUAUUUCACUAACCAUUUAAAAGCCAUCAUUGUUUUAAUAGAAUUAUUGUAAUAAGAAUCUGUAAAAUUGGCUUGUACAAUAUCCUUAUAUUUCAUAGCCUCUGUUUCAACCUUAGCUUGAAGUUCACUAUCAUGUAAAUGUACGCCUAACAUAAAAAUUGUCUUCGAAGGUACAUCAAAGAAUCUUUUUUCAAAACCCCAAGAGUUCCUAAUUGCCAGUCUUCUCUCGAAAUGUUCUAUUGCAGAUUUUACUAUAUAUACAACACGAUAAUUGUUGUAUGCUGGGUCUAUACAUUUUUGUU